AUGGCGCGUGAGCAAUGGACGCGCGUCCCCCGCCUCGUGGUGUUCGACCUGGACUACACGCUGUGGGGGCCCUACAUCGACGUGUUGAACGGGGGUCCGUUCACGACGACGGAUAGUCCGGGCACCGUGCUCGAUCGCUACGGGGAAGAGCUUAAGCUGCUGCCGGACGUCGAGAAAGUGCUGAAUGUCAUCGAGACGGACCCGCAGUUCAGUGGCACGAAUGUAGCCAUUGCAUCGCGCACGGGGGAGAUCGACGCGGCGAAGGAGUGUAUGGGGCUGCUGAAGGUGAGCAUUGGUGGGGAGAUAAAGACGCUCGAAAGCAUCGCCAGCUUCGUGGAGAUCUACCCGACGUGCAAAGUCGCCCAUUUCAAGGAGUUCGAGCAGCAGAGCGGCCUGGCCUACGAAGAUAUGCUCUUCUUCGACGACGAGUAUCGCAACAUCCAGGACAUCAAGAAGCUCGGGGUCACCUGCCAGUACUGCGAAGACGGACUCACUUGGUCAUCAUGGCUACAUGGGAUGGAGGCUUACCAGAAAUCCAAGAAAAAGUAG